CUCGACUCCCAUCAAGUCAGUACUCAAGCCACCGCAGUGCAUACGUGUCCUCUGCGUGGCGCGGUCUCCCUCUCUCUCUGUCUAUACCCUGAUCUCACUUUGAUAUGUCUCUGAAGCUAGCGAAGAUCGCGCUUUUCGUUCUCCUCGUCUCAUUCUUGUCCUGGCGGACAAGCGCUGAGCUUGAUCCCUCUGGAGCAGCGAACAGCGCAUCAGAGCUGAAAACUACCCAGUCCCAGCAUCAGGACGAACCUCUGUUAGCAUGGUUCUCCGAACAUGAUGGCUGGCGCAGCCGCGCUACUCUCCUUGGACCCUCUGCUCUCCCCGCGAAUCUCACCUCAUCGAACUUGCUAUUCGCAGUGACCGAGAGUGGGAUGAUUGGCGACAUCGUAUUGCUGACCAUCUUCACCUCUCCUGAUUUCGAUGCGCCCUCGACACUGCUCCACACGACUGCGAGCGAUCUCCUUGCGGGAGCCGUUGAGCAGGUCCCUAUUGCGCCUCCAAUUAUACAACGAGGGGUCGGUGGGCACGAAGUGGACAGCCAUAUUGCCAUCGAUGCAGCCGGCCACAUGUGGCGUCUCUAUCCCGAUGACUACGCUGCGUUUCUUGGCCUCCUUCACGCCGCCGAGGUGGAGACGAAGGAGAUCAGCAACUUCUACAUCGCUCAUACUGCAACGUGCCAGUCGAUGUUCUAUCUCGUUCAUCCCGAUGCAGGCGCAGAGCGUAGCAGCAGUGGCGCCAGCACUGUUCCAAUUCGCAAAGUCGGUGUCGACGCCUAUAGCAAAUAUCGCCGCAAACUCUCAUCUGCUCCGUCGUGGGAUGAGGAGGACGAUACGAAGGCACCAGUGGACGAAGCUGAUGAGCAGCGGGCGAGCACUCGAAGGGAAUUGCCGCAAGCCCUGUACGAGCUGCUAGGCCUUGCACAAGAGGGUGCGAAGGGGUUCUGGGAUGAGCAGCCCGACGCGGAAGUGCUUCGUGCAAUUCGGGACGUACUGCCGCGAUCAUUGUUGUCCAGGCUGUAUUUACGCUCAGAUUAUGCUUCUGCGUAGACAUAUUAUGCCAUAUCUCGAGUACAUAGGCUAGUCCGAGUAUCUAUCGAAGCGCAUAUUGUCUGUACUAGCUCUUCUAGUUCGAGAUGCCCGUCCCGCGCGCUUCACCGACCUGGGCUUGCGAGAUCUGGCUUAAACAAAUACCAGUCAUAGUCACCCAAAACUGGGACGAAAGGGGAACCCAUAACAUGCCUCAUCCGUCUGGUCAGAUACUCCCUGGCGCCAUCGUCCAGUUGACGACCGCGUCCCGGAUCCUCCGCUCGAC